GCUGUGGCCGGGGGUUGCCAUGGUGCCGACAAUUGCCGACAUUUAAUAUACACACAUUUUAUUCACUGAAAACCAGCAAAUGUCCACAAAAUAAACAAAGUCAAACGGAAAGAAGAUAAUUCUCUGGACACCAAUGCCACGUUCACGUGGAAUCAGUCGUGUGCUUGGAGCGGCGUCUGGCAUCACCCACACCUAGCAACCCUGGCAGCGACGUAUACCUUUUAUGCGCAUAAAAAAGUGAAGAAUCGUUCGGAGCGGAGACGAAACCCCUGAAUUUACACAUGAAUCUCAUACUGAAGUAGCCCAAAAAUAGCAUUUAAUCGUGCAGACACUCAAGAUCCAUCGAAAGCGCGACGUGGCAGUGAAUUUCGUUAACUAUGCGAGCGCACAAAACCAAAAAGAAACUUCCGCAGACGUCAGCAAGUACCAAGUAAAAGGAAGUAAUAAGUAAAUAAAAGAGCUCUUUGCCAGCGAGCCCUGGAUAUAAAGUAAAAUUAAUAUAGCAAACAUCGCGAAGUGAGCAAUUAAUUGAGAGCGGCAAUUGUGGGGCGGCAGCGAGUGCCGUUGUCAUGCAUUUUGUUACACAGCAGCGGGCACAGCAGCAGAACCAGCACCAUCAGCAGAAGUCCACCUCCUCGUCGAGCUCCUCGCUGGCCUCCUCCUCCUCCUGCUCCGGAUCGGGUUCGGGUUCGGGAUCGGUAUCGAGUACGGGUCUGGGAUCACGCCUGGUCACCUUACGCAAGUCCUCCAGCCAGGGUGCUCUGCCCAAGUCCUUGGCCACCGCCCAGAGUCUGUUCCAUCGUCCUUCGCACAGCAAGCACAAACGCACUGCCAGCUUAAAUGCGGCGCCCAUGAUUAAAGAUAUUGAUAUAAACAACCCAACAACAUCAAGUGUAACCAUAACCACUGCAACUGCCGAUAAACCGAGCAGUAGCAAGACCCCUGCCAAUGCCAACAUGAUACCCGAGACCACCCAGCCCGAUCAGCUCCAGUCACAGUCAGCGUCACCGUCACCGACACAGUCACAGUCACCGUUACAGUCACAGAGCCAAUCGGUGCAGGAUUGCCCAGAGCCGAGUCCCCCCCAGCAGCAGCAAUCGCAGCCGGAGGAGGAACUCACGGAUGCCAGGUCCGCUGAGAGGACAACGACUGCUGGUAGCAAUGGUGGCGACAGGCGCGAUUCCAUCACCGAGGAGAUCACGAUUACGAGCACCACAAACGGCACAUUGAGCACCAAACUCCUGACCAUACAGGAAGCUACCGGUAGUCUAGAGCACAGCAGCGUUUCCAUAUCGUUGUCCUCCAAACAGAACGCUUCCACAGCCCCAGCCACAGCCGGCGGAUCUCCACCUGCGCAGCGCAAUGAGUCCUCGGGCAGCAACCAUAGCUUAACCCAGGCCGUCUCUUCCACUAGUCCUCCCACUGGCCCCACUUCCAGUACAGCUGCCCAGGGAGUCACGCCCAGCAUUAAUAUUGUGGGCAGCGAUUCGAGCCGGGAUCAGCAAGUGCAAAGCGUCGAUUCAAACGGAUUUAACGCCCCAGGUGGCGCGGACAGCCCAAGCAGCCGGAAGAGCUCCACCAGCUCCAAGGGCAAGGCGGCGAAAUUGUCCACAUCUAGCAACGGACGCGAUGAGCAGGACACCACCCAGCACCGUCUGAGCGAUCUGACACCGCACGAACUGAGCCUGCUGCGCGUCGACAGGGAGCAGCAGGUGACCAGCAGCAGCUCCACAUCCAACGAGAAGCCAGCCAAGCCCUCGCGUCUAUCGGAACGAGCCAAGAAGAAGUCCUGGUACAACGUCAUCUAUCCCAACUACAAAUCGCGGGCUGAGGAUUUCAAGAAGCUCUUCAAGGACGUGCCCAACGAUGAGCGCCUGAUAGUGGACUAUUCGUGUGCCUUGCAACGUGACAUCCUGGUUCAGGGCCGCCUGUACGUUUCACAGAACUACGUCUGCUUCCAUGCCAACAUCUUCAGCUGGGAGACCUACGUGAGCAUCAAGUGGAAGGAUGUGACGGCCAUCACCAAGGAGAAGACAGCCUUGGUCAUACCCAAUGCCAUUUCAAUAGCCAGCGGCAAGGACAAAUACUUCUUUGCCACGUUCACCUCGCGCGACAAGAGUUUCUUGAUGCUCUUUCGCGUCUGGCAGAACACGCUGAUGAACAAGCAGUUCUCGCCGCAGGAGAUUUGGAAAUAUGUGCACAACUGUUACGGCGAGGAGCUGGGCCUGACCACCGACGACGAGGACUAUAUCGAUCCCACGCUGGACAACGACAACGAGACGGACUUCGACUUCCAGACGGCCAUCGAUGACGAUAGCCAGUCACAGCGCCAGUCGCAGCAGUCCAAUCAGUCCACUCAGUCGAAUCCCCAGCUACCGGCACAGAGCGGCAACAGCAGCGCCAGCAGCGGCGGCGGCGCCGUCAGAGCCAGUGCACCGCGAAAGUCCAAGACGAAAUACUUCUUCAACUCCUCCAAAUCCUCGGCUAACGCCUCGGCCAGUGGUUCCGACAACAACAAGACCAGGGAAAGCUCACGCAAGCUGAACAAGAAGAUGAAGCAGAACGCCAAGGAGCUGACCCUCAGCUCCGUUAAGCCCGCCGAGCAGUCGGUGAGCGUCACCAUGGCCGCCGUGGCCAGUGCCAGCAGCAGCAGCACUGCCGGCUCCACCACAGCCUCCUCCACCACCAUCGCCAACCACACGGCGGGCUCUGGCUCUGGAUCGGUUUCGGGAUCAGGCACGGCCGCAGCCAGCAGUAGCGGUAGCGAUAAGAAGAGUGCCGAGAAAAAGGUCAGCACGAGCUCAAACUCAUCGGCAAUAGCAGCUGCCACAGCAGCAGCAGCUACAUCCGCUAUGACAUCCGUUUCCGGCGCCACAGCGCUGGAGCCCAAGCUGGAAUCGAAGCGAAAGCCAAGUAAAAAAGGUGGCAAAAAUGUUGACGAGACUGUGCCCACGGAUGUCUCUGAUUCGUCCGACUCGGAAGAGAAUAAUGUGCCAUUUGUGCCCACCACAGAGUGCACCUCGACGCACGAGGGUCGCCAGAUCGUUCACACCAUUCUGCCCAUCAGUGUGGACACACUGUUCAAUCUGCUCUUCAGCAGGUCCAAAUUUAUCACCGACUUCCAUGCCAUGCGCAAGUCAACGGACCUCAUCCUGGGCGAGUGGUCCAAGAACGAGGAGGGUCUCAAUGUGCGCACAGUGAACGUCACAGUUCAAUUGGCUGCCUCGGUGGGACCCAAGACCUCAAAGGUGACCGAAUACCAAACCAUGCGGGAGUGUAGCAAGCCGGGCGAACUGUAUUCCAUAGACGUAAAUAGUGUUAAUGCAGGCAUUCCAUAUGCGGACAGUUUCAGUGUGCUCAUACACUUCUGCCUGGCCAGAACUGUUGAUGAUCACACUAUGCUAUCGAUUCACACUCAGAUCAAGUACAAGAAAUCUAUUUGGGGCGUUGUCAAGGGCUUUAUCGAGAAGAAUACGUGGGCGGGUCUGGAGGAUUUCUUUGGAGCCCAAUUGCAUGCGCUCCAGAGCGAGACUUGCAUUCCGCCGGCCAAGGGCAAGGGACGCAGGCCGAGGCGAGGCAUGAAUCAGCAAUCGGUAACAACAACAGCCACCAGUACGGACAAUGACAGCAUCAAAGAGGCGCCACAUAAUCCCCGUGAGACGUCGCAUCAACCCGCGCAGCAUCAGCACCUGCACAUGCAUCAUCAUCACCAUCAUCACGGUGCCAGUCAGCAGCCUGAACACGAUCACAGGCACUCGCACCACCAUCAUCAUCAUCAUCAGCUUAACCAUCAUCAGCAUCAGCAUCCCCAUUGGCAUCAUCGUAAGACUAUCUUUCAGUCGAGCAGCAGAGGUACCGCCACACAAAUCCGACCCCUGGAGGAGGCAAGCGGCACGGCCCAAGCCGGCAGCAUGGCUGGCCUUUCCGGCGGCGACCCCCUGGAGACCCAAUUGCUGUCUGCGGGAGGCGUUGCUGGGGCGGCAGUCGGCGCCGCCUCCAGUCACUCGCUGCUGCUCGAAAGCGGAAAGCUGCAGCAGCAGCAGUUGCACCAUCACCACCAUCAGCAGCAGCAGCAGCAGUUGCACCUGGGCGGCGGCGGCGACCGCCAGCAGCUGGCGAUGGGUCACGGCCCACAGGGACACAGCAGACUCAAACACAAGGGCUUGUCGUUGUUGGUUAUACUGUUGCUGUGCUUGAUGCUGGCAUUAAAUGUGAUAUUAUUACUUAAGCUCUGGAGGCUGGAGGAACGGAUUGAUGUGGAUCUCAGUCGGCGGGCGCGCCUGCCCAGUUUGGCGGCCUUAAAGGAACUACCAAACUCGAAUCAGGAAUGGCUGGAGCUGCUGCGCGACCAGGAGAUGGCGCACGAGGAUGAGCUGCACAAGUGGAAGCAGGUGCUGCAGACGGCCAUCGAUCUGCUGAAAAAGGUGAGCAAUGUCUGCCAAAAGAUCUACAACGAUGACAAUCUGCGUCAGAGCAUUGAGUCGAUGUCGAUGGCGGCGGCGGCAACGCGCACUGAAUUCUAAGCAUCUCAUUUUCACCGUAAAAUAGCAAAGAUCCAGGGUCAGAAAAACAACAAGAAACCAGCAAGCGUCAACUAAUUGUAACUUUAACACUCACAAAACACACACACAUGUAUACACGAAAGGUGCGUUUCAUAAUGGGCAGGACAAAGUCUAAGAUUCUACAAAGAUUUAAGAUGAUUUUUUAGUUACCUUAAAUACUUAAAUUAUUUAAAAGCCGGUUUCUAUUUUAUUUAUUUAUAAAGAGAUUACUAAAAUAGAGAAAUACAAACAUAAUUUAAUAGAUAAUUUAUUAAAAAAAAAACUAUUUCUUAAUUUAAACAAAAUAUUGAGAUUUAAAAUAAGUUGUUUGAAGUAAUAUCCUGUUGAAAUCAUUGCCUUAACAUUUUGAAACGCACUGUCUUAGCGGGCAUUUGUUACUGAUCUCUCCUAGUUAGAAAUACAAAAACCCCCAAAAACUGUUGCAUGUUCUUCUGCUUGGUUACCCUCUGGCACACUGACUGAAGCUACAAAUGUUGUAAAGAUCGUGAAACCCAGCUUUAAUCAUUGUUUUUCAACAACCAGCGAUAGAGAGAGAGAGAAACUCCUUAGAAAUAAGUUUUGUAUUCCGUAGAGCAAACUUGAGGCCAACAAAAUUUUGUGAAAUAAAUUUAUUAAUCAUUUUGGUUUGUUUCCAAAAACUAAACGUAAAGGGAACUGACACAAGCAAAAGAAAUUCCUGUGGAAACACAAACCAGAAACCCCUGUAGAAAUUUAUUUUUUGUAAGUAAUUUAAUUUGUUUAUAACUUUUCUACUCAUUUUCGCACUCAACUAACUAUUUUUAUGUUUUACUAAUCGGUUUAAAGCCUUUUCUGUGUGAAAAACUUGACUUCUUUCGUUUUUUAUCCGUUUUACUCAAAUAUUUUGUUUGUUUUUUCAGACUGAAAGAACUUUGGCUGAAAUAAUUGUACGCUAGCAGAAAAUAUUACAUAGAAAAACUAGAGUUGUUGUGCAAUUAAAUUAUACCAAUCCAAUUGUCUUCGACACACAAGCUACCAAAACACCCAAGCAACAAAAGAAAAAAGAAGAAAUCUGAAAUUGAAUUUGAAAUUCAACUAAAAUUUAGUCACAAACCCAAUAAUACACAGAUUGGUCAACAAUUCGUAUUUACUAGUAGGUUUUAAGUUUAAGGAAGGCAACGUGUGAGUUACAAGUCAUAAGUAGCUGCAUUUUAGUUAGAUUAGAGCAAUUGUUUUUGUUUUUAAACACGGCAUUUAUGUUUGCUUGGCUUUGCUUUAGACAAAUGUAUCUACGAAUUCCUCAAGUAUUUCAUAUCUCACAACACAUACCAAAAAAAGGAAAAACUAGGAAAACUAGAGAAAAACAAAUCACGAGAGAGCGCCCUGAAUUUUUGUUUUAGAAAAUUCAUUUACGUGUCAAGCAAGCGCAAAGCAAAUCUGGCAAACUGAAAACUAAAGAGUAUAUAUAUAUAACAUAUUAGCCUAUAAUAUAUGAGAUCUGAGUGCCAGUCUUUGGCUAGAGGAAAUUUGAUAAAAACGAUUAUACAAAGGUGUUUAUUGUGUACAAUAUUUUUGUAAAACCGAAUCGAAACAAUUGUUUUCUUUUGUAUAAAUACUCCAAACUCCAAUCUUUACCCCCAACCCGUUUUUGGCGCCCGUUUACAGACGAUACCGAUACCGAUACCAAUACAGAGAAAUCAGCAGCCAGAAACUAUUCAAAUUGAAAACUGCUAACACCAAUAAUGACAUACUCUAUAUACACUAUAUAUAUGUACCAUAUAUAUAGUCAAGUAUUGUUAGUCCGUAGUAGUUGCAUUUUAAAUUAAACAAACACAAGGCAAAAGUAAACAAAAGCAAAAACAAGCUACUAAAUUUAGAUCUAAGCUAAAGUUUGAAUGUCGGCUUGAUGCCUUCAUUAAAAAAUACUUUUUGUCAAAUUAAUUUUGGCCGUCGCAAAAAUUGGCUUAAAAUUUGUGUCACAAAAUGUUAGGCUUAAUAAACAAGAGAAUACAAGUAUAAGAAACCGAAUGUUAAGCAGCAGUAAUACAAAUUCUAAUUUAUU